AACAUUCGCGCGCUGACAGAAAAGGCGUGAAGAAACGCGGUUGAAGUACCGCCCCCCUCCCCCUUCUCCGAAUCAACUUCGGACCAUAUAUCAUCCUCGCUAACUCCUUGCCAAAUUGAGACGGGAUACUCCGUGAAGUCGCGUCAUGCGCCAAGGUUUUGAACAGAUACCAAGGUUACCUCCGUCUCGAAGGUACUAAUAGGGAAAGCUUGAGAAGACGGACUUUUUUGGUCAGGAGGUAUAUAUAACUACGGUAACUUGAUCUGUUUGCGCUGUCUAUGCAGCAGUGGUGACCGGGGGUAGGGAAGAGCGCAUCGCAACGGCACACCCCAAAUCCGCGUUAUUCCCGUUUGGUGCGUUCGUUCGCGACUGGUUUCAAGAACUAUUUCUGGACGGAGGGAGUUAGAGGGCUUUUUUUUCUUGGAACGUCCACCACGCUUGAAGAGUUUUGACAUACCAAACUGUGCGUCAUUCUUCUUGGGGAGCCGUCUAGGAUUUGCCUUGUCCAGUUUUCAAGGUUUGAGGAAUAUCCGCCAGCAGUGUGCGCGGCUCUUGCAGACGACAGGACGCUUCACGGCAUCGUUCGGCGCGGGAUAGGCUUUCUAAAUUGGGACGUCCAGUAACAUUGCAGACCCCUAAGUCAACCCGGGAUUCCCGGCCCACCUUUGCUCAUGGUGCAGCCUAGUAAAACCAAAACCAUGGCCAAGACAGGGGAGGGGGACUCCGAUCAGCAGUCGGCCACAGAACCAUCGUCCAACUCCGUCAAUGGCGACAACAAGAAAGACCCGAUCGUACCAGGUCUUGCCAAGGUUCAGUUGCCCCGUUCCGCUGCUAAGGUUGUUCUGCAGCCCAAGAAGGAGCCCGAAACCUCCGCCACGUACGUUCCUAAGUUUGCCAAUGUGAACGUUAAGGAACGGUUUGAACAGAUGCGGGUCAGGAAGGAGGAGAAGGAGGCUAAGAAAUUCGAAGAAGUUCGCAAGGAGAGGGAGUCACGUGACCAGCGGGAGAAACACUCAGCACUUAGAAAACAAUUCCUGAAGGAGUUGAUGGACUCCGACGAGGAGGAAGAAGUGAAAGAAAAGCCAAAGGAAACUCCGAAAAGUUACGUACCGAAGAUGCGAGGCAGCGUGAGGGGGAAGUUUGAAGAGAUGCAGAAACAAAAGGAGGAAGAAGAGCGUAGGAGGGCGGAAGAGGAAAGAAAGAGGCGGAUUGAGAUGGACCGACAGAUUCAGCAACAGGAACAGGAAAGCUUGAUCUCAAAACAGUUGGAGGAGUCGGACGGAAGUGCUGCUGCAGGAGAAGGGGAAAUGUUUGACAAGAUGGAGACCCCGUCAGGCCCUCCGUCCGCCGCCCCGCCCGUCACGCCCACCGACCUGCCGACCGAAAAGAGACGCAGCAUCAAGGGCAAGUUCGAGGAGAUCCAGAAACAGAAAGAGGAGGAGGCGCGCAUGCGCGCUGAGGAGGAGCGACUGCGCAGGAUCGAGAUGGACAAGCUGCAGCUGGAGAGGGAGGCUGCACGCAAGGCGGAAGAGCAGGAGGUAUCGGAAUCGGAUGGAGACACCAGUAGCAGCGCUAGCUUCCAGCCAACGGUUACCGACAUUCCAAGAGUCACGCGUGGUGGUGUGAAAGGAAAAUUCGAAGCUAUGAGAAAAGCCAAAGAGGAGGAGAGGUUACGGCAAAUGGAAGAAGAGAGACAACAGCGUAUUCAGGCUGAAACAGAGUCCCUUCGCCUGUCCAUUGAGGCCGCCUUUACAAAAGCCGAGGAAGAAGAAGAUGUUGAAGAACCAGAAGUCAACGGUCUUGACACGUCUCCCAGACUCACGAAAAAGAUCGGCAGUGUUAAGGGCCGUUAUGAAGAGAUGCAAAAGGCUCGAGACGAGGAGCACCGUCGGCAGUUGGAAACGGAAAGACUCAGCAGGCUACAGCUCGAGAAACAGGCAAUAGAGAACGAAUCAGAGUCGACGGUCAGCGUUGAACAGGUCAAUGGCAUCAACGGGCAUUCUCCGCAUCAGCAGGAGGAGGAUAAAACGUACACGUCCAGCGAGUCCAUCAAGCUUAGAAACAGGCCAAAGGGCGACGUGAAAGGUCGAUUCGAAGACCUCAGAAAGCGUCGAGAGGAAGAAGCGAGGCGCAAAACGCAGGAGAUACGGAUUAGCCGUAUCGAGUUCGAUAAGAUGAUGCAGCAGCGAGAGAAGGAAAAGACCUCACAAGUAGAGGUGAUCUUGAAAUCCGACGAGGAAGAAGAUGGUGAUAGCGCUUCCGUGACGUCAUCCCUUACGUCAUCGUUUAUCAGUGACGCUGAUGGAGAAUCUGGUGUGCCCCAGCCGGGCACGUGCGGCAGUAUGAAAAAUCGGUUCGAAGCUUUGAGGGAGGCAAAAGAGAAGCCCAGAACGACAGAACCACGACCCAGGCGACUAAAAAAGCUGGAUACGUUCAUACGUGAUACCGGGAAGGAUAAUGAGGAAGAAAACGAAGUAAACGAGACCAACGAAACGACGAAACCCCGAAAACUCGACGUCAAGAACCGAUUCGAGGAGAUGAGGAAAAAGAGAGAAGAGGCCGAAAGAAGAAAAACACAAGAAAUCCGCCUCAGCCGACUUGAACUCGACAAAAUAGCGCAAGAGAGAGAGAAAGAACGCAAAGAAAAGGAUGAGGUGCCUUGCGAUGAUGACAAUGAUGACAGUCCCUCUGAAGGGACCCCCCUUGACAUAAGUGAACCCGUCCCAAGUGUCAAAGAUAGACUCCACCAAAUCAAAAACAGCACAGAGGAGACACAAAGAAAAGCACAGGAACUCCAGUUGAGUCGACUUGAGUUCGACAAAAUGAUGCAGGAGCGAGAGAAAGAGAGGAAUAGGAAAAAAGAGGAAGAAGAAGACGAGCUCGCGGGUUCGUUAGAGGAUUUGAGUGGCGAGCCCGAAAAACCCAUGGGCAGUGUCAAAGGUCGGUUUGAAGAGCUCAGGAAGGUGCGAGAGGAGGAGGGUCGGCGGAAAGCUGAGGAGGAGAGGCUCCGGAGACUGGAAGCCGACAGAUUGGCACAAGAGCGCGAGCUUGAAAAUCAAGCACAGCAAGAGUCAGCUUCGCAGGCCAAUGAGGAAGAGGCUGAGGAUAAACCGGAAGUCAAGGAGGACAUACCACCACCAAAAAGGGGGAGUCUGCGCGGGAAAUUCGAAGUGAUGCAGCGUCAGAAGGAGGAAGAGGCUCGCAAAAAGGCAGAGGAAGAGCGUCUGCGCAGACUCGAGGAAGAGAAGAAGAUCUUGGCAGAAGAAGCCGCCAAGAGAGAAGCUGAGUAUGAGGAAGCAUCCCCAGAGGAAAGUCUCGCCGAAACUCGCGAGACUAAGCGAGAGAGAAGAGCGCCCGGUAAACUUAAGGCCGACUACGUCACGCUACGUCAGAGAAAAGAGGAGGAGGACAGAAGAAAAGCAGAGGAGCUCCGAAAAAGUAGAUUAGAAUUCGACCGCGCGGAGCUUGAGAGAGAGGCGGAAAGAUUACGAGAGGAGCAGGAGCAGCUAGCGGAGCAGCGUGCCGAGGAAAAAGAGGCAGAGGCGCUCAAAGAAUCCAUAGAGGACGCCACCUCUCCCAAGGUGUCCCUUGGAAAGCUCAAGAACAAAUUCACCGAACUUCAAAAGAAGAAAGAAUCCGGAGUUUCCGAAGACGACGGCACGCCAAGGGAGAAAGUCAAACCAGGGAAACUUAAGAAUAAGUUUGAAGAACUUCAGAAAAAGAGUUCAGAGGACCAAGAAAACGACGCAGGCGCUGAGAAGGCGCCGAAGCCAGGAAAACUGACGAUCAGUUUUGAGGAGCUGGCCAGACAGAAGGAGGAAGAAGCCAGACGGGAGGCGGAGGAAGAAAGAAAGAGAAAACUGGAGGAGGAUAGGCAACGUCUGGAGGAGGAAAGGGCCAGACUUGAGGCAGAGGAGGCUGCUGCCGCGGAGGAGGGAGGAGACCAGGAGGGAGAAGAGCCGGUCGAAUCUACACCCGAGGAAUCUGGGCCUCGCCUCAGCGUAAAAGAAAGAUUCGCCCUUAUGCAGAAGAAGAAGGAAGAAGAGGAGGAACAGCGCAGACUGAAGGCCACAGAUGUCAAGGAGGCUGGCAAGAACAAGCGUGCCAGUGCGCUCUUCGAGAAAUUCCAAAAUAUCGACAAGGUUGCAGAGGAGGAACGUCUCCGUAAGGUGGAAGAGGAGAGAGCUCGCCGCCUGGAGAUGGACCGGGAGAUGCUCGCCAGGGAGCUGGAGAGAACUGAGAAAAUGGUCGGGAUGGAGGAAGAGGCUGCCGAGGAGGCUCAGGAGGAGGAGGAGGAGCCCAAAGCGGCGGAGACUGAGGAGGACAAGGUUGCCAGGAAACAGAGAACACGGGCACUGUUCUCACGGUUCGAGAAUCUCGAGAGCUAUGAGGAGCAGGAGCGGCGCAGGCGCAUUGAGGAGGAAAAGCGGAAGCGGCUGAUGCUGGAACAGCGUGAGAUUGACGAGGCGCGCAGGAAGGAGGUGGGUGGGGGUGACGUCACAGGAACGGAGGAGUUGAAGCAGGAGGAGGAGGCUCGUGAACGGGAGUACAUGGAGCGGUUCGCCCGGGGGGAGGCGUCCGACGUGGAAGACUCCGACGAGGACGAGCCUCUGUCCGCCACCAGCGAAAACCUGGCGCCCAAGUUCGUCAAGAACUUCGAGAACAUGACGAUCUUCGAUGGAGACCCCGUCAGGUUCGAGGCCAAGGUGAUCGGCCGACCCAAACCGGAUGUGACGUGGUACCUGAACGGAAAGCGGCUGCCCAACAACCAGGACUACCGGUACAAGUUUGAGGGUGACCACGGCGUGGUGCUGGAGCUGCCGGAGACCUUCCCGGAGGACGAGGGGGAGUACAUGUGUAAGGCCGUCAACACCUCCGGCAUGGCGCUCUGUAGCGCCCUGCUCAUCAUAGAAGGAAGGAUCUGCAAGGGGCACAGAGCAGAGUCUUCGUACAUCAAGCAAACUGUCGAGCCUCCCCGGUCGGCCCAACCUAAAGCGUCUGCUAAGAAAAGCACCAUUGUUAAACAACAACCAGGAAAUGUCCAAGUCAAGCAGACUGUCCAAACAAAGUCAGUCACUGUCCAACCUAAGCAACCUAUCGCUCAACAAAAACAAGUCCAUGUCCAACAAAAACAAGCAGAGAUUCCUCCAGGUAAAUCGGAGGCCGUGGUCAAAGAACAAGUCGUUUCUAAGUCAGAAAAAAUAACAUCCACCACCUCCGGUGGUCAUUUCAUUAAGAAGUCGUCUUCUACUACAACUGAGAAAGUCGUGACCAAGACUACUUCUGAAGUGACUUCGUCAAAGACGGAGAAAUCGGCCGCGGCCAGUGCAUGGGAGUUGAAAUACGGCGGCAAGCCUCUGACGGCUCAACAGCUAGCCAAGCAGAAGUUAGCCCAAAAGAUGGCCGGAAACGGAAAACCGCCCUCCCCGACAGUUAAAGUCCCCGUUCAGAAGCUUUACGUGGGUGGAAAGCCCGCUCCUGCCCCAACCGGCCCGGCCAAGGCGCCCCAGUCGCAGGGAGAGCACCGACCGACCGAGCCUCAGCCCGGGGCAGCGCGUAAACAAUGGCCACCUCCGACCAAGGGUGGGUCUGACGAUGACACUACGAAGCCGUCCGAACCAGUUGCCACAAAAAUCAAAGAAGAGAAGACCUGCAACGGAGACAAAGCUGACGACAAUCAGACCGCUCACAGCAACGAGAAAGAAAACAAACCUCCGGUAAAAACAGCUGAGAAUGGUAACUAAGGGCAUUGCCUUUGUGAAUAGUUUUUUUAUGAUGUCAAGAAUCACAUCAAUAAUUAUUGACAAUGUUUAGAUGUGGUCACGUUGUUCAAUCGUAGGUUGUAAUCAGAAUGGAUUCUUUACAACGUAAAAACAACAACAAU